ACACGCUUUCGUUUGUAAAUCAAUCUUCGACACGCUUUUGUUCGUAAAUCAAUCAUUGUUGUUUGAUGGAAAGUAAUGUUAACACUUAUUCUCGUCACAAUUGUCAAAGAUUUAAGUUAAAAUGGCUCAGAAACGUAAAAGGUGUUCCUUAUCGGUCGCAGAAAAGCAAAACAUAAUUAAUUAUGUGGACAAAAAUCCUAUGACGAAAAAAUUAGCCAUAGCUGAUAAGUUCGGGAUUCCCGCAAGUACAUUGGGGACAAUUUUAAAAUUUAAAGAUAAGUUUUCAGAAGAAAGUGGUUUGCCUGUAAAUAGUAGAAGAUUAAAAUCCUGCGAGUUCAAAGACGUAGAGGAAUGUGUGUUGAAGUGGUUAAAACAGUGCCGAGACAAAAAAAUUACAAUCGGAGGCCCUAUUCUUCAGGAAAAGGCUCAGCAGUUUGCAGUAGAAUUGGGACAUGAAAAGUUCCGCGCUAGUAACGGGUGGCUUCAAAAUUUCAAAAAACGAAACGAGAUUGUUUUUCGAAAAAUAUGCGGUGAAAGUGUUAAUGAAACAGUAUGUGAUGAUUGGAAAGACAAACUGGCAGAGCUGACCGCCGGAUACGAUCCCGAAGACAUCUUUAACGCCGAUGAAACUGGACUAUUCUAUAAAUGUUUACCUGACAAAACCUUAUCAUUCAAAGGCGAUGAAUGUAAUGGCGGAAAAAACAGUAAACUUCGCUUGACAGUACUGCUGGGAACAAAUUGUACUGGGACCUACAAACUUAAGCCACUCAUCAUCGGAAAAUAUAAAAAACCGCGAUGUUUUAAAAAUGUCAAUAAUCUGCCAACAGAUUACACAUCUAACCAUAAUGCUUGGAUGACCAGUAAUGCUUUUUCCAAUUGGCUUCAAAGUCUAGAUAAAGAGAUGAAGAAAAAAAACAAGAAAAUUAUAAUGUUCAUCGAUAAUUGUACUGCACACGGAGAAAUUCCUAAGCUGAAAAAUAUAAAAAUAAAAUACUUGCCUCCAAAUACCACUUCAAAACUUCAACCACUGGACCAAGGCAUCAUCCAAAGCUUCAAAAUGCAUUAUGGGAAGGAAAUUGUCAGACGGUUUCUUGCUGAUCUUGAACGCCAAACGCCCACUACAAUUGACGUUUUACAAGCCAUGUGGAGGCCAUCGCCAAAGCUUGGAAUCUAGUCACUGAAAAGACCAUUGCAAACUGCUUCAAGAAGAGUGGGUUUAAAGUAACAUGCGAAGAUGAGGAGGACGAUUUAUCACUCGCAGAACUUGCUAGGACCUGGCAAAGAGUUCAAGAAGAAUCGCACCUUCAAGAGACUGAGUUCGAAGACUUUGUUACCUUUGAUAAUGAUUUAGCCGUUUGUGGAGAACUAACUGAUGCUGACAUCGUCACAUCUGUGUUGCCGGUUACUAAUGCAAAAGUGGAUGAAGACGAGGAAGAAGGGGGCGAAAUUGAUGAGCAUAACUUCACAAUAAAAGAUGCUUACAAUGCUUUAAAUAUAAUAAAAUCGGUGUUUCUCAAAAAGGGAGGUUUGAGUGACGAUAUAGUCAAAUCCAUCACGAAAUUGGAUUGCGCUUUGGAUGUAAUAACUCUUACCGGUGGUAAACAGACAACUAUUUAUGACUUUUUUCCUAAUCAAAAUGAACAAAAUUGAGAUUAAGCUACUACAUAUGUAUAACCACAUUUUUGAUUCUUUACCCUUAAUUCGUGAGUUUUGUUGUACGAAUCUUUGAAAUUAACUACAUAAUGUUUGCACCCACAAAGAUAUGUACCUACAAAAAAAUUUUGUUACUUGCCUAAUUGUUUUUAAAUAGAAAACACAUACAGUAAUUUGAUAAAAAAGAGUUAUCAUUUAUUAGUAGAAGUUGUUCGCUAUAACAAGAUGCGUACGUAAUGUUGAGGUGAAUAAAACUAUUUUUUUACCUCUUUAUAACGAAUUUUAGACCAUCCUAACCUUAACAUAACGAACCUCAGUUUAACGAAUUACUCGAUAUAACGAAUAUUUACUUGUUCCCCUCCGAUUCGUUAUAUUGAGGUUGCACUGUAUUAUGUACUGUAAAAAUAGAAUACAAUAUUUAAGUUUUACUUCUCAAAUAAAUUCAUAUAAUUAUCAUGAACCUAAAGAUUCCGCAUUUUAACUCUUUUGUUAUUACUAUUCUCCAUAGAUGUGUAACCUAUAGAUUCCUUAACGAGGAAAAAUAAUGAGCUUAGGAGGCAUAUUUUGGCGAAAAGUACCUGUGUUGAAAUUUAAAUUACUUGUAAGAAAAUUGUAUACAAUCUCUGUUUAUUU